UGCGGCGCCGGGACCGGCAGUGCGCGGCGCUCCCUGCGAGGCGGCGGCGAGCGGCCGCUGCCUGCGGCCAUGUCGGGCCGGGGCAAGUCCGGCGGCAAGGCGCGGGCCAAGGCCAAGUCGCGCUCGUCGCGGGCCGGGCUGCAGUUCCCCGUGGGGCGGGUGCACCGGCUGCUGCGCAAGGGGAACUACGCGGAGCGGGUGGGCGCCGGGGCGCCGGUGUACCUGGCGGCCGUGCUGGAGUACCUCUCGGCUGAGAUCCUGGAGCUGGCGGGCAACGCGGCCCGCGACAACAAGAAGACGCGCAUCAUCCCGCGGCACCUGCAGCUCGCCAUCCGCAACGACGAGGAGCUCAACAAGCUGCUGGGCGGCGUGACCAUCGCGCAGGGCGGUGUCCUGCCCAACAUCCAGGCCGUGCUGCUGCCCAAGAAGACACAGAGCUCCAAGAAGUGAGCGCUGCCCCCUCAGCCCCCCCACCCCGGCCCCCUUCUCACCACUGUCCCCCCUCCCCAUGGGGCUGGGGUUCCCUUUCCUAUCCCCCAGCCCGGGCAGGGUGCUGAGCCCCGGCAGCACCCUGCCAGACCCCCACUAGCCCCCAGCCCGGGCUGCGGCAGGGUGCUGGGGGAGGCCAGGCCCUGCGUGUGCCCCCAUCCUGCCCCUCUUCCCUCUGGAAGUCUGGAGGAGGCAGCUGGAUCCCAGCGUUCAGCAGCGGCAGCACCCGGAGCUGUAGGGUUGGGGCACGGUGCGGAGCUGCUGUGGGUGGUUGUGGCUGGCAGUGGGGUGGUCACAGGCACCCCCGGAUGUUUCCCCCCUCUGCCAGCACCGGGACUGUGCAGGCUCCCCCCCUGCUUCCCCUGCUCACCCCGGUGUGAGGCUGGGACUCGACGCUGCUGUCUCCCCCCCCACCCCCCCCCAGCCAUUCCCCCCCAGCCUCACUGCAGCCGGGAGGCAGGGGCUGGGGGUGUGAAAAGCAGGAAAAGUUUCUGGGCUGGCGAGAAGUGAGUGCUCAGCCCUGCUCCUGGUGAAGCUCGUGCAUCGCCCGCUGCCGACAAGCUCUGCUCCUAUUUAUUUUAUUGCCCCUUAUUUCGGGUCCCUCCCUGCAAAGUCACCUUCCCCAGCACCCCCAGGCGGGAGCCGCAGGGUCCCUUGCGCCGUGGGUGCUGCUGGGCUGGGGUGGAGGCUGCGGUGACAAAUCCCCUCGGAGAGCGUCGCAAGGUCAGGCGGGAGCGGGAGCUGCCAUCUUCUGCUGUGGCUCCAUCCCUGCCUCCCGCCGCCCUUCGCCUCGCCCGGAGCUCCCUGAGCCUGGCUCCGCUCCCGCAGUGACAUUCCCGUGUCUUUCCUUUCUGUUGGUUGGUUGUUCCGCACUAUUCCUGGUUCUGGGAAGUAAAGCAACGAUGAUCUCCGUUAACUGUAACCCUCCAUGGAUUAAUGGGUUUUAACCCCCCUGGAGUCUGUAUUGAGCCCAUUCCCGGCUGGUGCCGUGUCUGUUUCCCGGCUGUGUGGGCUCAGGGUGAGCAUGGGGCCGGUGUCCUGCCCAUGGCACCCGGGAUGGCUGGUGCAGAGGCAGUUUGCCCUGCUUGCAUGGGGGCCAAUCCUCGUGUGCAUGCAUCAGUGUCGGGCGAUUGGAACCUCACAAUGUGUUUUUUAAGUAAACAGCAAGAAUGAGCAUUCUCCUUAUGUGCUGUAAGUAGCAUGUGUUCAACCUCUGAAUCCGCUGUUAAAUCCUGUGAUGAAGUAACUUGCCCUGGCUCCACGUUUGUUAUUAUAGAGUAGCUGAACCUGGUGCUUCUCAGUGGGUUUAUGAAGGGGUUUUCACUCCCGUGUGGAAUAUGUUGUGCUGAUGCGGGUGCAGAUGUGUCCCCUGGUAUGCCCUGACCUUGGUGGGGUAGGGGGUGGCCAGCACGGACCCCAGGAUCCCUCUUCCCCCUGGAAGUGACUGCUGCUGUGGUGAAAUGGGGUAUAGGGUUUCCCAGAGCAGAGGUCGAUGUGUCUGUAUCCCAGUGUCUUGUUCUGUCCCCCUCGUUCCCCCCAGGCCCAUGUUCUGUACAACCUGAGUGCUUUGUACCUCUUACAGCAAAUGCAGACUUGUGAUACUGGAAAGAACAGUGCAAACCCCGUGUCUGAUUAAACUGGUUCCCUCUUGAA